CAUCCUGAAUUUUGUCUUUUGCAGGGAGGAAUGUAGUCUUGGAUGAAUUUGGGAACCCCAAAGUGGUUAAUGAUGGGGUGACAAUUGCUCGAGCUAUUGAACUUGCAGAUGCUAUGGAGAAUGCUGGUGCAGCCCUUAUAAGAGAGGUUGCAAGUAAAACCAAUGAUUCUGCUGGCGAUGGGACAACGACUGCAUCAGUUCUUGCUCGUGAAAUCAUCAAAUUAGGCUUAUUGAGUGUUACUUCUGGUGCAAAUCCAGUCUCAAUCAAGAAAGGGAUUGAUAAAACUGUACAGGGGCUAGUGGAAGAGUUGGAGAAGAAAGCUAGGGCUGUUAAAGGCGGUGAUGAUGUUAAAGCUGUUGCCACAAUCUCUGCCGGCAAUGAUGAGGUUAUUGGGACCAUGAUUGCUGAUGCAAUUGACAAGGUUGGCCCUGAUGGGGUUUUGUCCAUUGAGUCUUCAUCAUCUUUUGAGACAACUGUUGAUGUUGAAGAAGGAAUGGAGAUUGACCGUGGUUAUAUCUCCCCACAAUUUGUGACUAACCCAGAGAAAAUGAUAGCUGAAUUUGAAAAUGCCAGGGUCCUGGUAACUGAUCAGAAAAUUUCAGUGAUAAAGGACAUUAUCCCGCUGUUAGAGAAGACCACACAACUGAGGACUCCUCUGCUUAUUGUUGCUGAAGAUAUCACUGGGGAGGCUUUGGCUACUCUAGUUGUGAACAAGUUACGUGGUAUUCUCAACGUUGCUGCUAUCAAAGCACCUGGUUUUGGUGAGAGGCGAAAGGCUUUGCUUCAAGACAUUGCAAUUAUGACUGGAGCUGAGUUUCAAGCUAGUGAUCUGGGGUUGCUGAUAGAGAACACCUCAGUUGAACAACUUGGUGUGGCAAGAAAAGUGACAAUUACCAAGGACUCCACCACAAUUAUUGCUGAUGCUGCAACUAAGGAUGAGAUUCAAGCUAGAAUUGCACAGAUAAAAAGGGAGUUGGCUGAGACAGAUUCCGUUUACGAUUCUGAGAAGCUGGCUGAGAGAAUUGCUAAGCUCUCAGGUGGAGUUGCUGUUAUAAAAGUGGGAGCUGCAACAGAGACUGAGCUUGAGGAUCGUAAACUUCGAAUUGAGGAUGCCAAGAAUGCCACUUUUGCUGCCAUUGAGGAAGGGAUUGUACCUGGUGGUGGGACAGCUCUGGUUCACUUGUCCGCUUAUGUCCCAGCCAUUAAGGAGAAGCUUGAAGAUGCGGAUGAAAGGCUUGGUGCUGACAUUGUGCAAAAGGCGAUAGUAGCACCGGCAUCAUUGAUUGCUCAGAAUGCUGGUGUGGAAGGUGAGGUGGUUGUAGAGAAGAUCAAGGCAAGUGAGUGGGAAGUUGGAUACAAUGCCAUGACAGACGAGUACCAGAACUUGAUGGAGGCUGGAGUGAUUGACCCGGCUAAGGUGGUAAGGUGUGAGUUGCAGAAUGCAGCAUCCGUGGCAGGAAUGGUCCUCACUACUCAGGCAAUUGUCGUCGAGAAGCCUCAGCCAAAGACACCUGCAGCUGGACCUCCUCAAGGCCUUACCGUAUAAUUCUGUGGUGAAAGUUUGUAACUUUUGUAGGUGAGUAGUGCUGUGAGGCUGGCUUUGUGAUCCAUACCAUAUAGAAUGAGGUGUUCACUGCUGCCACAUGUGGUGGUUCAAACUAAAGUGCUUUGGCGAUGAAGGCAGCAUUUCAGCGGGAUUUUUAUUUUCCUUGUACGAGUUAGGAUUGAAAACAUAAUGGAAUGGAUAACUAAAUCUUAACGUACAGUAUGAGAAAUUUUAAGACUUGGAUCGUCUUACCACCA